UAUUGUACUGAUCAGCAUAGCAUGAGGGAGGGCUUUAAAGCGCCUUCGAGUCGAUCCUAUGAAUCCGCAUCGUUAUUACUUUUUCAACGUGAAUUACCGUUAAUCUAUCUCGUCUCUUUCGAUAAAUAAAAGAGCCGAUCGUCGACGCUGUUCUCAGCCGAUCUCGAUGAAUUUUUAUUUCAUUACUUUUUAAAUUGGAUCAUUAGAUCGAGUGCGGUACACAAUUUCUGUGCGGUUCAAAAUGAUAUCAAGUAAUCCCGAUUUGAUUUAUCGAGAGAUAGACGUCGCCCGUCGUUAUUGAAUUAGCUGGUACUACGAAAACUCAGUGGUAGCUGGAAAAUUUCGAAUACACUGGUGAAAAUUUCAUUCGCGCGGAUAAUAUGGUUUUGAGUGGUCCGCAUCCUGGAUUCGCUGCAGUAUUAAUUAUUAUUUGUAUGAUUCACGGUCUGCUGGGCAUGGCAUUGAAUGACGAUUCCAUGGAUCCUUUGGACGUGCAGUUAGAAACUUAUUCAAAUGAAGAGCCUCGAGUUCUUCCGAAAAGAGCGGCUCUUUUACUGGACAAGCUACUGGUUGCGUUGCAAAAAGCUGUUGAUAAGGAUGAAAUCGGAAAAGAAGGAUCCAAGUCUUACGCGCGAAUGCAAUCAGAUUUUCCCGAUUUUCCAGAGUCACAAAAAUUUUUAUUAGCGGAUGACAAAACGAUGGAUCUCCAGCGCCGUGGUCAAGCCAAGGGACGAGUUUACUGGCGUUGUUACUUCAACGCUGUUACGUGCUUCAAGAAAAAGUAGUGUUAAUACUGCGGCACUGACAUAAGACUGUGCGGCAACGGCAAGACUUUCUACAUCGACUAAUUCGGAAUCAGAAAAUUGAAAAAGCUCAAGUUUUUAUGGCUUUUUUUAAAAUCAACUUUAAUCAUUGAUCUUCUAUGCAAAUUGUUUUUUCAAGUAUAAUAUCAUCAUCUGGAUAUCAUCC